AGAGAGAGAGAGAGAGAGAGAGAGAGAGAGAGAGAGAGAGAGAGAGAGAGAGAGAGAGAGAAUAGUGGUCGGGUAACGGGCGGCUGUUGAGGAGCGCGAUGACGUCAUCACUUCAGGGAGGGCAGUUGGCACCUGGCAGCUCUUCGUUAGCCAGCCUGUCAGAUCUCACGCCGUCUGGAACCAAAGAUGAAGAUGGAGGACUAGAUAGAGGAGGAGAAGAGGAGGCAGCAGAAGGAGGAGAAGGAGGAGGACGAGGAGGGGAAGGAGUGGAUUGCUGCGUAGGAGUGGAAGAGGAGAUCGAAUGUGCUCCAAAGGGAGUACGAGAAGAUGUAGGCGAGGAAUGUAUGGCAACCGCGGCAGCAGGCGGAGGCGGAGGGGCAAUGGUGGGAAGGGGGGAAGGGGGAGACUGCGCUACGUCCACGUGUCCCCCAGCAGCACCCUACUCCUCCCGUCCCUCCGACGUGGACCCGCGCGCUUCCUUGGGCAAGCUCCCCACAGAUAUUUUGAUCAACAUUUUGGCAUUGCUGCCCUUCCAGGACAUCGUAUUCUCCGCCGCGCUUGUGUGCAGGGAGUGGCGGAAGGUGGCGCAGAGUCCGCGCUGCUGGCGCCACGUGGAUCUGACAAGCUUUUGUCAGGCUACUGUGCCGCACAGGGGGACCACUUAUCCGGGCAAUCUGUUCAGACUGCAGUUCUCUUGCGUUCAGAUCAAGGGUAGAGUCGCUGACGAGGCAGUGGAGAGGAGUGUGAGGUUGUCUCAGGGGCAGCUGCAAGUGCUGCGCGCCGAGUUUUGCACCGCGAGGGCCAUUGAGGUGAUAGCCAGUGCGUGUCCGUCGUUGGUGCGUCUGGAGCUGAGGGAGCUGGUGGGGGAGAUCCCGAUCGACGAGGCAGUGAUUCAGCUGGCUGCGCGGUGCCCGCAGCUGAGUUGGCUGGUGCUCAGGCCUUUUCAUCAGACGCCUGUCUGGCGCAUCAUGGACGGCUGCCCUGCGUCGCUGACCCACGUGGGGCUCGGCGCGCUUGCCAACAAUUGCCCUUUGCUGACUCAUCUCGACGUCGCGGGCUACGUGGAGCUCGCUCAUGGCUCUCUGGUCUAUCCCCCUGAUGGCAAGAUGUUCGAUCGGCUGACCUACCUGAACGUGACAGGCUGUCAGCACCUGCAGGACGAGGCCAUCAUCCACGUGGCCAACCACUGUGGUCCCACUCUGACUCGGCUGGAGGUGGUGGGCUGUCGCCUGCUCACGGAUCGCUCCUUGAUCGCGAUCGCUUUGGCCUGUCCCGAUCUCGACUACAUCGACGCCACGCUGUGCACGAUGAUCACAGACGGCUGCUUGCUGGUCCUGGCAAGGCACUGCAAACGACUUACCUAUUUGGGCAUGGCCCUGUGCGACGUGACCGACCUGGGGGUAUCCAAGAUCGCCUUCAGCUGCCGGGAUCUGCGUAGCGUUAAUCUCAGCUGGACACGUGUCACAGAUGUGAGCAUCAUCAAGCUGCUACGGCAUUGCGUCAAGCUUCGUCAGCUAUUGCUCAGCCACUGCAAAGGCAUUACCUCAGGAGCUUUCCACGCGUUGCUUGAUCCUUUCCCCUCCUCCUCCUCCUCCACCUCCUCCCCCUCCUCCCCCUCCCCCUCGUCGUCCGUCACCUGGCUCAAGUUAUCGGAUUGCAAAGGACUCAGCGACUCGGCGCUCACGGCGCUGGGAAAGGGAUGCCCAGCUCUGAAAUCGCUGAGCUUGGCGAAUUGCCCAGGCAUCACCGACUCAGGAAUAGCAGCGCUGGUCAAGGGAUGCCCUGCUCUCACCUACUUGUCCUUAGCCAAUUGUGAUCAGAUCACGGAUGCCUCUGUCAUACUGAUAAGGGACUCAUGCCGCGGCCUACAGACGUUGAACCUUCGAGGCUGCAAGAAGGUCAGCCCGGAGUACAGGUCAGACUCUGGAUUCGCCUCGUCUUCCACUGAAUCAACAGCUGCAACCUCUUCUCGUCCUUCCACGCCCGCAUUCUUUGGCCACAGCUCUCAAACGCUUCGAAGUCCGUGACCACAAUCGACCCUCAGAGGGUGUGCGUGUCUGUGUGUGUGUGUGUGUGUGUG